UUUUCCGUAGUGAGUUUCGUCGCUGGCUCUGAGCUCAGCAGGAGCAGCAGCAGCAGCGGGGACCUGCACAUUGUUUUGGAUGCGAGUUGCGCUGUCAUUCUCCUCCGAGUGCGUCUGGGAAACAAAGGCGAAACGGCAACAGCAGCACGGCUUUUUGUUUCUGCUGAAAAUGAUGCUGUUAUUUUUGCGACUACGGAGGCACAGUUUAACAUAACUGCACAUCUGUAUCUCUAAUGUCGCUAUUUCUAAAAUGACACGACAAGGCUUUUUUAUUUAUUUAUUUUUAAAUAACGCGCUAAAGUAGCUGCUUUACCUCGAGAACUGCCUGGAGAAAGUUACGUUGCAUAUCAGAUAUAAUAAAUUCAUGCAUUGUGACAAUAACAACAAAAUACAAAUGGUAACAAAAACACGAGGAGUGGAGAAUUCUCAGUUUAAAAGCUAAUGAAGACUGUUACCUCAUCUCAAUGCUUAGAUCAAAAGAGAACAGGGGGAUGGAUUUUGGCAGAAGAAGAAUGUCUCCACGCUUCUCCACGAGGACUCACGAGCUCAGGACGUACCUGUUCGUGUUUAUGGUGUUUUACCUUUUAGUAUGCACUGAAGGAUCCUAUUCUAAAACCUGUGAUAAAAACUGCGUCUUUGGAAGAUGUCUCAAUGGAACUUGCGUCUGUGAACGAGGAUGGGCUGGGGAUCAAUGUCAAUACUGCCAAGGGAGAUUCAAGUUGACAGAGUCAUCAGGAUCGCUCACUGAUGGACCAGUUAACUACAAGUACAAGACUAAAUGCACUUGGCUGAUUGAAGGAUACACAAAUGCUGUGCUCAGGUUGAGGUUCAACCAUUUUGCCACAGAGUGCAGUUGGGAUCACAUGUAUGUCUUUGAUGGAGACUCGAUUUAUGCACCUUUGGUAGCUGUGUUUAGUGGCCUGGUUGUCCCAGAGACUAAAGGAAAUGAAACCGUUCCUGAGGUGGUGACCACAUCUGGAUACGCAUUGUUACACUUCUUCAGUGAUGCUGCCUACAAUCUUACAGGAUUCAACAUCUUUUAUUCGAUCAACUCCUGUCCUAAUAACUGUUCAGGUCAUGGAAGGUGUACAACGGGUAACUCCAUCUCCAGCAGUGUUUACUGUGAGUGUGAGCGAUACUGGAAAGGUGAGGCCUGUGAUAUUCCCUACUGUUGGGAUGACUGUGGCAGUCCUGACCGCGGAUACUGUGACCUCACCGGAGAAAAGCUCUGUGUCUGCAAUGAUAGCUGGCAAGGUCCAGAUUGCUCUUUAAAAGUUCCUUCGGCUGAGCCGUACUGGUUUCUGCCUAACGUGAAGCCUGAUGGACAGUCACUAGGUCGGGCUUCCCAUAAAGCAGUGGUUCAUGGGAAGCUAAUGUGGGUGAUUGGAGGGUUCACCUUUAACUACAGCUCCUUUCAGAUGGUUAUAAACUAUAAUCUAGAAAGUAGCACAUGGGAUGUAAUACCAAUCAAUGGUGGCCCUCUGCAGCGCUAUGGACACUCUCUGGCUCUUUACAAGGAUGAUAUCUACAUGUUUGGUGGGAAGCUGGAAGCAGGCUCCGGGAAUGUAACAGAUGAACUGUGGCUGUUUGAUACACGUAGCCGGUCUUGGUCCCUUAGAACACCCAGCCCUGGGCUGCAGGUCCAACCCUUCGCUGUGGAGGGACAUACUGCUCACAUAGUUGAAAACAGGAAUGGAGAACCCAUCAUGGUGGUGCUUUUUGGCUAUUCACCCAUUUACAGCUACCUCAGCCUUGUCCAGGAGUACAACAUUCGCACUAACUCCUGGUCGGCGGCAGAGACGAAUGGGGCACUGGUGCAAGGAGGAAAUGGCCACAGCAGCGUUUAUGACAGCUCUUCGCAUUCCAUAUAUGUCCACGGAGGAUACAAAGCCCUCCCUGCCAACAAAUAUGGCCUAGUGGAUCAUUUGUACCGCUAUCAGGUCCACACACACACCUGGUUUAUUCUGAAGGAAAGCGGUCUGGCAAGAUACCUCCACUCCACUGUGCUGAUCAGUGGAGUUCUGCUGGUGUUCGGGGGAAACACUCAUAAUGACACCUCACUCAGUAAUGGGGCCAAAUGCUUCUCCUCUGACUUCCUGUCCUAUGACAUCGCAUGUGAUGAGUGGACAGUUCUUCCAAACCCCAAUCUUCAUCGUGACGUCAAUCGUUUUGGACACACAGCAGUUGUCAGUAAUGGCUCAAUGUAUGUUUUUGGUGGUUUCUCUGGUGUGAUCCUGAACGAUGUACUGGUGUAUAAACCUGCCAACUGUGAGGCCUUCCUCGAGGUGGAUCUUUGUCAGAGCUCUGGUCCUGGUGUUCGCUGUGUCUGGAUAGAAGAACGCUGUGUACCCUGGGACUCCAGCCAUGCUAAUGACACUUUGCCUGCUUCCUUCUGCCCCGCACGCACCAAUUCAGCUGGUAAACAGUGUCAGCAGUUUUCAGACUGUGCUUCCUGUACGGCCAACACCAAUGACUGCCAAUGGUGCGAAGACAAGAAAUGCAUCUCUUCUUCAAGCAACUGCACCGUGCUUACAAUUGAGCUUGCCCGCCACCCUCGAGGUCCCCUGUACCUCAACCCUCCCCCUGCAAUGCUUUCUGAGCAUCAGCUUUCUAUUUGGAGACCCGGGGUGCGCAAAAAUGGCCAGUCUGUGAGGAACUUUACCAAAUGCAGUGUUCGAAGUGAGCAGGUUUGCAGCAAACUGGUGAACUGCAGGAGUUGCUCACUGAACAUCAACUGUCAGUGGGAACCACAACAGCAGGAGUGUCAUGCUUUGCCUGCACAUUUGUGCGGAGAGGGUUGGAGUCAGGUUGGAGAUGCAUGUCUGAGGCUGAACGCAAGCAAAGAGAGUUAUGAUAAUGCCCAACACUACUGUAAGAACCUGGAUGGCAACAUCGUCUCUCUGACCUCCGCCAGGCAAGUGGACUUCAUACUAGAUGAGCUGCAGAAGUAUCAGCUGCAGGAGAAGAAACUAACUCCCUGGGUGGGUCUAAGGAAGAUAAAUGUUUCAUACUGGGGGUGGGAGGACAUGUCUCCCUUUACUGCCAGCACGCUGCAGUGGUUACCAGGGGAGCCAAGUGACUCAGGCUUUUGUGCGUACCUGGAAAGAGCUGAGGUAGCCGGACUCAAAGCCAAACCCUGCACUGCCAACACCGAGGGGCUGAUCUGUGAGAAGCCAGUUGUGAGCCCAAACCUUAGCGUGCGUCCAUGUAAGAUUCCCUGCGCCCUGCGAACCAGCUGUGCCAACUGCACCAGCCAGGCCAUGGAGUGCAUGUGGUGCGGCAGUACCAAGCGCUGUGUGGAUUCCAAUGCAUAUGUCAUCUCCUUCCCCUACGGCCAGUGCCUGGAGUGGCAAACUGGAGACUGUGGCGCUCAGAACUGCUCAGGUCAUCGUACAUGUGGUCAAUGCCUGGAACAUCCUGACUGUGGUUGGUGCGGAGACCCUACAGACACAGGUCAGGGCCAUUGUAUUGAGGGAUCAUACCGUGGACCAAUGAGGAGCCUGAGCAGACAGAGCCGAGAGAGGGUAUUGGACACCAGUGUCUGUUCAAGAGAAAAGGGCUAUAACUGGGCCUACAUAACCUGCCCAGCAUGUCAAUGUAACGGCCACAGUACGUGUGUUAACGGCAGUGUGUGUGAGCAGUGCAAGAAUCUCACAACUGGGCCGCAGUGCCAAAUCUGUCUACCUGGUUACUAUGGAGACCCCACAAAUGGAGGGAAAUGCCAAGCCUGCAGAUGUAACAACCACGCCAACGUGUGCCACUCCAGCUCAGGGAAAUGCUACUGUACCACUAAAGGGGUCAAAGGGGACCAAUGCCAGCUAUGUGAUUCUGAAAAUCGCUACCUUGGCAACCCACUUAGAGGAACAUGUUACUACAAUCUUCUGAUAGACUACCAGUUCACUUUUAGUCUGCUUCAAGAGGACGAUCAGCACUACACGGCCAUUAACUUCAUGGCGACUCCAGAAGAGACCAAUAAGAACCUCGAUAUGUCAAUUAAUGCAUCCAACAAUUUCAACCUCAACAUAACAUGGUCUAUUGGCUCAACAGCGGGUACGAUCUCCGGGGAGGAAUUCCCCAUAGUGUCCAAGACUAGCAUCAAAGAGUACAGAGACAGCUUCUCCUGUGAGACAUUCUCCUUCCUUGCAAAUCCCAACAUCACUUUCCAUGUUUAUGUCAGCAACUUUUCAUGGCCAGUCAAAAUACAGAUAUCCUUCUCUCAACACAGCAGCAUCAUGGACCUGGUGCAGUUCUUUGUCACAUUUUUCAGCUGUUUCCUGUCCCUGCUACUGGUUGCUGCUGUGGUUUGGAAAGUCAAACAGACGUGCUGGGCAUCACGCAGGAGAGAGCAACUAAUGCGAGAGCGCCAACAGAUGGCCAGCCGUCCAUUUGCAUCUGUUACAGUGGCACUUGAGGCUCCAGAGGAAGAGGAGGAGCUUCUGCAGGGCCAGGUGGAGGCUGGUCCCAUAGCGGUGGAGCCAUGUUCUGGGAAUUGUGCUGCUGUGCAAACAUUGUUGAUGAGUCUUCCACGGGCAUCUUCUGGAGUGCCUCCCCCCGGCCAGUGUGGCAUUACCAUAGCCAGUGCUCUUAUUGAUACGUAUCAGCAGAGGGCGGGCGACUUCAAAGACAAGGGUUUGAGUCUAAAGAGCCGUAAACAGCAGCACACGGUGCACCAGGGGACCUGUGUUUGAACCAGUCGACUGACCUCACUGGACACACUGAUUCUCAGCUUUUUUCUCCUUCUGUCUCGUUCUCUACCACUACAAGGAGAUGGUGCUGAUGAGCGGGGAGCUCUUGAAGUGUAAAUGACAAAGGAGGGUCGAGACAUUAGUAGUCCAUGUGUGGCUCCUCCUGAAUUGCACGCUCCAUAGUGGAGCUCGUAUUCCCUCAGUAUUGCUUGAACCUCUGUGGAGGACAUCUGCAUUUUGAUUGCACCCACUGGGUUUCUGUUUUCAACAGCUGGUUCUCUAAAAGGGAGGGAGUGUGUAGAACAAGUUUCAGGCCAGAAUUAAUCAUCUGAUCACGCAUGUAGAGGCAUUCAGAAUAAACCUGCCUCUACUUUCAGGGUUUUGUCUUGUUAUUUAGUGAAGUGUCUGUUGAUGACUCUUUAAUAAACUAAUUAUCGUUAGCCGAGGACUGUGUUUGGUACAUACUGUAUGGUGUUUUGUAAUGGUCUUGGUCUGUGGAAAGUUUAAUUUUAGAGAUAAGAUUGGAUUUGUCUUGCAAAACUGACAUUUGUGUCUCCUAGUGGCCAUACACAAACUCACACACUUGUCCAAAUGGAAAUAAAACUGGGGUUUUGGGCUUUUUGUCCAUAUAUUUUAGAUUUGAGGUUGUCUAGAUGCUACACUGAAAGGAUUUUGGUACAGGAUUAAAUUUCACACAUAAUUACAAAGAGCAACAAAUAACAAAUUGAAUUAAAGGUUUUUUUUUUUUUUUUUUUUUUUUUUUUAAGUAGAAAGACUGUAAAUAUAUAUUCCAGUAAUCUUUAUUUAAUUUAUAGCUUUGAAAAAUCUUUUCUUUUUUUUCUUCUUUUUAUGCUAGCUAAAAUUAACUUUUUUAGCAGAUAUAUUCUACCAUUCUAGUUUGGAGUAAGUAAGUUUUUUUUUUUUUAUAUAUAUAUAUAAAUGUUUU